AUGGAGAUCUUUGUCGAGGCCAUAUACAAGCAGGUCAAGGAAGCAAUCAUGGCCCAGGCCAAAAGCGUAUUGGCUGCCUAUCAGGAAACUGAACUCUACCGUCAGAUCCACAAUAUCACACAGCAGCUCCUCUCUGUACUAAAGAAGACUGUUGACGGCGAUACUAAACUGUUCUACCUUCUCGAGUCAACUCAAUGCAUUGUGACCAAUCGUGAAGCACUUCAGAAACGUCGUAAAGAGAAAAGGGUGAUAGCUCUUUAUCGGAGCCGGGGAAUACGAUUUCCUCUAGACCGUGUAAAAGCUGAGAAAAUCAUCGAAAGGGUCCGAUGCACUCCUGAACGAGCUGCGGAUCAUGGAAGUACGUCUAAGGCUCCCACCAAGAAAUAUAAUGCUGCCCAUGCCCACUACAAAGCGGUAGCUUGUAGAUUUGCCGAUUAUAUCCAAAUGAUCAUGAACUUCAAACUGUUCUCGGAGUGCAAGCAGAACCUGUUCAAAAUAAUCGAAGCCCAGCUUGGAUUACUCAAAGACGACGCGACAACCCGUUGUGUACAGUUAAUGGCCGAUGAUCCAGAGAAACUGGAACGCUGCAAAUUCCUCCUCAAGGAAUCUUACUUCUUGAUCUCUCAUGUUGUAAAUUUUUGUGUCAACUACUAUUGGAGAACAUUGGAGGUGCAGAUCUGA